CUGUCUCUCUCCCCCAGAUCUGGUGACUCUGUUUGACCUGGAGAAUGACCUUCCAGACGAGCUCAUCCGUAACGGGGACAUGGUGCCCGACGCGGCCGCCAAACACAAGCAGCUGUCGGAGCUCCUGCGGGCCGGCAGCUCCACCAGCCUGGGCGGGGGGCUCAGCUCCUCCUCCAGCCCCCAGCCCGGGAACAUGGGGGGCCAGCUGGCCUCCGUGCUGGGCAAGAGCCCCCUGUGCCAGGGCUCGCAGGGCCACCCGUCCCCCCAGGGCCAGAAGGGGGGCCAGGGGAACGGGGGGCCGGGCAUGGGGGGGUUCGGCCAGGCUAUGAUGAACAGCGGGCAGGUGAUGGGCCAGGUGAUGAACGGCGUGCUGGGGCCGGGUGGCAGGGGAAGGCCUGGGAUGCAGUACCAGGGGCAGGCCUUGCCGGGGGGCCAGCGUGGGGGCAGCGUGCUGGCGGAGACUCUCACCCAGGGAGGGGCGCAGAUGGGGGCCCACAACGCCAUGAACGCCCAGCAGGCUGGCAACAUGAAUAAGAUGGGCAUGGGCGGAGUGUUCGGGCAGCCGUACGGCCAGACGGGGGUGCAGCAGGUGCAGAACAAGGCGGCCCUGCAGGCCAAUAGCCUGGCUCCCUUCCCCAGCGACCUGAAGGGGGCCAACGCCGUGCCCAACCUGGCCCAGAUGCAGCAGCAGGCAUCGGCGGUGGGCAUGGUGCCCGGCGGGGCGGGCGUGGCCGCGGGCCCCACGGCCGACCCGGAGAAGCGCAAGCUGAUCCAGCAGCAGCUGGUGCUGCUCCUCCACGCCCACAAGUGCCAGCGGCGGGAGCAGGCCAACGGGGAGGUGCGGGCCUGCGCCCUGCCCCACUGUCGCACCAUGAAGAACGUCCUCAACCACAUGACCCACUGCCAGGCCGGCAAGUCCUGCCAGGUGGCCCACUGUGCCUCGUCCAGACAGAUCAUCUCCCACUGGAAGAACUGCACGCGGCACGACUGUCCCGUCUGCCUGCCGCUGAAGAACGCCAGCGACAAGAGGACCCAGCAGCCCAUGCUGGGCUCCCCAGGCUCCAGCCUGCAGGCCUCCCUCACUGCGGUGGGCUCGGCUCCACCCAGCGCCCCCUCCAUCACCAGCACCAGCCACAUCGACCCCAGCUCCAUGCAGAGGGCCUACGCAGCGCUGGGCCUGCCCUACGGGAACCAGCCCCCCGGGCAGCAGAACUCCCAGGGGGGGCCCCAGGGCCCCCAGCACCAGCAGCUGCGCUCCCUCAACGCACUAGGCACCAGCCAGAUGAGCAUGCCAGGAGGGAUGGGCGUGUCGUCGGAGCAGGGCAGCAUGCACUCAGACUCCCUCCCCUCGUCCCUCAACAAUCAGCUGAUGCCAGACGGGUCGGUGCCGGGCAGCAUGGGGACCCUGCCGGCGGCCACGCCCCUGUCCUCCUCCGGGGUGAGGAAGGCGUGGCACGAGCACGUCACUCAGGACCUCCGCACUCACCUGGUGCACAAGCUAGUACAAGCCAUCUUCCCCACCCCGGACCCGGCCGCGCUGAAGGACAGGAGGAUGGAGAACCUGGUGGCCUACGCCCGGAAGGUGGAGGGGGACAUGUACGAGUCAGCCAACAGCAGGGACGAGUACUACCACUUCCUGGCUGAGAAGAUCUACAAGAUCCAGAAGGAGCUGGAGGAGAAGAGGAGGUCUCGGCUGCAGAAGCAGCCUGGCAUGGCCCAGCCCAACGCCAUGGGCCCCAAUCAGGGCCCACGGCCGACCAAUGGACCGGUGCCUAUGCCCAAUGUGCCAAAUCAGCUCAUGAACCGCAUGCAGGUGUCCCAAGGACUGAAUCAGUUCAGCCCCAUGGCCAUGCAGAGCGUGCAGAUGUCCCAGACACCCAUGGGGGCGCGGGCCGCCUCCCCCAUGACCCACCCCCAGCAGAUCAGCAUGGGCUCAGUCCCAGCGAUGGGCAUGUCCCCCUCCAGGAUGCCCCAGUCCCAAGGCAUGAUGGGGGCUCACCCCAACAGCAUGGUGGGCCAGACAGCCAACCAGGGCCAGUUCCUGCCCCAGAGCCAGUUCCCCCCCGCGGGGGGCGGGGGCAUGAACAUCAAUCCCGGCCAGCCGUCGGCCCAGGCCGCUGUCACUCAGCAGAACUCUAGCCUCCCCCUGAACGCGCUCAGCUCCCUGGGUCCCCAGAUGGCCCCGCCCCCCCUCCGCGCCACCCCCGCCGCCGCCAGCCUCCGCCCGCAGCACCACGCCCCGCCCGCGCCCCCCCAGGCCCAGCCCUCCACCCCCGCCGGCUGCGGGCCCGGCUCCACCCCCACCCACGGCUCCGCCUCCGCCCUGGGCACGCCUCCCCCCGCCCCCUCCCGGCCGCACACGCCCCUGCAGCCCCAGGCGGAGCCCCAGGCGGGGCAGAGCCUGCCUCAGCUCCCCAGGACGCCGCUGUCCCAGGGGCCGGUGGCCAGCGUGGAGCACCGCGUGCCCACCCCGGGCUCCGUGGCGGAGGUCCACUCCCAGCAGGCCCUGCCCGGGGUCAAGGAUGAGCAGCUGAAGGAGGAGGACGAGGAGGAGGAAGAGGAGGAGCGCGGCGGCAGCAGCGGCUCGGGGAAGAAGCAGGCUGACUUCAAAAUGGAGGAUGAAGAUACCAAACCCCUGUCUGUGAAGAAGGAGGAGCCGGACAGGCUGGAACCAAAGCAGGAGCCGAUGGACGUGGAGGACAGGAAGCCCGGCGUGAAGACUGAACCCAAAGAGGAGGACGAGGGCGGGGCCAACGGCACAGUGGCCUCCACCUCCCCCACCCAGAACCGCAAGAAGAUCUUCAAGCCCGAGGAGCUGCGGCAGGCCCUCAUGCCCACCCUGGAGGCUCUGUACCGCCAGGACCCCGAGUCUCUGCCCUUCAGACAGCCGGUGGACCCCAUGCUGCUGGGCAUCCCGGACUACUUUGACAUCGUGAAGACCCCCAUGGACCUGUCGAGCAUCAAGCGGAAGCUGGACACGGGCCAGUACCAGGAGCCCUGGCAGUACGUGGACGACAUCUGGCUCAUGUUCAACAACGCCUGGCUGUACAACCGCAAGACGUCGCGCGUCUACAAGUACUGCUCCAAGCUGGCCGAGGUGUUCGAGCAGGAGAUCGACCCCGUCAUGCAGGGCCUGGGCUACUGCUGCGGGCGGAAGUAUGAGUUUUCCCCCCAGACCCUGUGCUGCUACGGCAAACAGCUCUGCACCAUCUCCAGGGACGGUACCUACUACAGCUACCAGAACAGGUACCACUUCUGUGAGAAGUGCUUCAACGAGAUCCAGGGAAACAGUGUCACCCUGGGCGAUGACCCUGCACAGCCACAGACGAUGAUCUGUAAAGACCAGUUUGAGAAGAAGAAGAACGACAUGUUGGACCCUGAGCCGUUUGUUGAAUGUAAGGACUGUGGAAGGAAGAUGCACCAGAUCUGCGUGCUGCACUAUGAUGUCAUCUGGCCGUCGGGCUUCAUCUGUGACAACUGUCUGAAGAAGUCGGGCAAGGCGAGAAAGGAGAACAAGUUUGCAGCCAAGAGGUUGCAGACCACACGGCUGGGUAUGUACAUCGAGGACCGGGUGAACAAGUACCUGAAGAGGCAGAACCACCCGGAGGCGGGGGAGGUGUUUGUGCGGGUGGUGGCCAGCUCCGACAAGACGGUGGAGGUGAAGCCUGGCAUGAGGACCAGGUUUGUGGAGUCUGGGGAGAUGAUGGAGAGCUUCCCCUACAGAACCAAAGCACUUUUUGCCUUCGAGGAGAUUGACGGCGUGGACGUGUGUUUCUUCGGCAUGCACGUCCAGGAGUACGGCUCCGAGUGCUCCUUCCCCAACACCAGGCGGGUGUACAUAUCGUACCUGGACAGUAUCCACUUCUUUAAGCCCCGCGGCUUGAGGACGGCCGUCUACCACGAGAUCCUGAUUGGCUACCUGGAGUACGUCAAGAAACUGGGGUACGUGAUGGGUCACAUCUGGGCGUGCCCCCCCAGCGAGGGGGACGACUACAUCUUCCACUGUCACCCCAUGGACCAGAAGAUCCCCAAGCCCAAACGACUGCAGGAGUGGUACAAGAAGAUGCUGGACAAGGCCUUUGCUGAGAGGAUCCUGCACGACUACAAGGACAUCUUCAAGCAGGCGACGGACGACCGCAUCACCAGCGCCAACGAGCUGCCGUACUUCGAGGGCGACUUCUGGCCCAACGUGCUGGAGGAGAGCAUCAAGGAGCUGGAGCAGGAAGAGGAGGAGCGCAAGAGGGAGGAGCACACGGCCUCCUGCGACACCCCCGAGGGAACCCCGGCCGACACCAAGAACGCCAAGAAGAAGAACAACAAGAAGACCAACAAGAACAAGAGCAGCGUGAGCCGGGCUAGUAAGAAGAAGCCGGGGAUGCCCAACGUGGCCAACGACCUGUCCCAGAAGCUGUACGCCACCCUGGAGAAGCACAAGGAGGUGUUCUUCGUCAUCCACCUGCACGCGGGCCCCAGCGUCAACACCCUGCCCCCCAUCAUGGACCCCGACCCCCUGCUGACGUGCGACCUGAUGGACGGGCGCGACGCCUUCCUGACGCUGGCGCGGGACAAGCACUGGGAGUUUAGCUCGCUGCGGCGCUGCAAGUGGAGCUCCAUGUGCAUGCUGGUGGAGCUGCACAACCAGGGCCAGGACCGCUUCGUGUACACCUGCAACGAGUGCAAGCACCACGUGGAGACGCGCUGGCACUGCACCAUCUGCGAGGACUUCGACCUCUGCAUCAACUGCUACAACGCCAAGGGCCACGAGCACCAGAUGGUGAAGUGGGGCCUGGGCCUGGACGACGACAGCAGCAGCCAGGGCGGCGAGGCGUCCAAGUCCCCUCAGGAGAGCCGGCGCCUCAGCAUCCAGCGCUGCAUCCAGUCCCUGGUCCAUGCCUGCCAGUGCCGCAACGCCAACUGCUCGCUGCCGUCGUGCCAGAAGAUGAAGCGCGUGGUGCAGCACACCAAGGGCUGCAAGCGCAAGACCAACGGCGGCUGCCCCGUGUGCAAGCAGCUGAUCGCCCUGUGCUGCUACCACGCCAAGCACUGCCAGGAGAACAAGUGCCCCGUGCCCUUCUGCCUCAACAUCAAGCACAAGCUGAGGCAGCAGCAGCUGCAGCACCGCCUCCAGCAGGCGCAGAUGAUGCGGCGGAGGAUGGCCACCAUGGCGGGCCGAGGGGUGCCGCUGCCCUCGCCGCCUACCUCAGCCGCCCCCGGCACGCCCACCUCGGCCCAGCCGCCCGGCACCCCCCAGACCCCCCAGCCCCCGCCCAGCCAGCCCCCGGGGCCCCCCAACGCGGGCGGCAUGGCGCCGGGCUUCCCCAACAACGGGCGCAGCGGCAGCCAGCCGCCCACGCCCGGCCCCCAGGGCAAGCCAGGGCCGCAGUCUUCCCCCCUCCAUCAGCAGCAGUCGCCGCUGCCCAACAUGCCCCCCCAGCAGCAGCCCCAGCCCCCCCAGCAGCAGCAGCAGGGGCCCCUGGCGGCCCACAAGGUGGCCAUGCACAUCGAGAUGGUGGCCAAGGCCAAGCAACAACAACAGCAGCAGCAGCACUACGCCAUGAACGGGGUCCCCAUGAACCACCCCCGAAUGGGGGGGCCCAUGCCUGGCCAGAUGCAGAUGAUGGGGGGGCCCCGGGGUCCGCAGGUGAUGCAGGCCAUGCAGCAGGGCCAGUGGGGGCCGGGGAUGCAGAACCCCCUCCCGGGAGGCCCCCAGGUCCCCGCCCAGCAGGGCCCCAUGGUGCCCCAGCAGGCUCAGGGGGGCCCCGCCUCCCAGCAGGCGCAGCUCAUGCAGAGGCCCAUGAUGCAGCAGCCCCCGCCGCCCCCGCAGCAGGGCCUCCAGAUGCCCGGGGCCAUGCCCCCGCAGGGCCCCUCGCAGCCGGGGCCCCAGCAGCAGGGCAUGCCGCGCAUGCCGGGCAACAUCGCGCCCAACGCCCUGCAGGACCUGCUGCGGACCCUCAAGUCGCCCAGCUCGCCCCAGCAGCAGCAGCAGGUCCUCAACAUCCUCAAGUCCAACCCCCACCUCAUGGCCGCCUUCAUCAAGCAGAGGACAGCAAAGUACCAGGCCAGCCAGCCCCAACAGCAGAGCCCCCAGCAGCUGAACCCCCAGGCCAUGCUGGGGCCGCAGCCAGGCAUGCAGGCCAUGGCAGCCAUGCAGCCAGGCGUGGGGGUACAGAGGGCGGGCAUGCCCCCACAGCAGCAGCAGGCCCCGCAGCAGCCGGGGCCCCAGGGCAUGGCCCCCAUGGGGCCCCAGGGCAUGGCCCCCAUGGGGCCCCAGGGCAUGGCCCCCAUGGGGCCCCAGGGCAUGGCCCCCAUGGGGCCCCAGGGCCAGCUGAUGAACGGCAACCCCCAGCUGUACCGCCGGAUGCAGCUCCGCAUGCAGCAGAUGCAGGCGCAGCAACAGCAGCAGGCGCAGCAGCAGGCGCAGCAGCAGGCGCAGCAGCAGCAAGGAGGCAUGCCCCCGGGCCAGUUCCCCCAGCAGCAGGGAGGAGCCACCUACACCCAGCUCCGCAUGCAGCAGCAGAUGAUGCAGGGAAACGGGGGCCCCAUAGCCCAGAUGGGCCAGCCCGGCAUGGGCAUGGACGGGUCCCAGAACCUGCUGCAGCAGCGCAUGCUCCAGCAGCAGCAGCUGCUCAAGCAGCAGAUGGGCUCCCCGGCCCAGGCCAACGCCAUGAGCCCCCAGCCCCACAUGCUCCAAGGCCAGCCCCAGGGAGGACCUCACCUGCCAGGCCAGGGCAUGGGCGGCGUCCUGGGCAACCAGGUGCGCUCUCCAGCCCCGGUGCCGUCACCCUGUCCUCCCUCGCAGCCACCCCCGCAUUCCAGCCCCUCGCCCCGCAUCCAGCCCUCGCCCCAGCACGGAGCCCUCCACGCCGGCUCGCCCCGCCCGGGCCUGGCCGGGCCCAUGCAAGGCUCCAUGGAGCAGGGACACCUGGGCACUCCGGAGCAGAGCGCCAUGCUGCCGCAGCUUAACACGCCGAGCCGAGGGGGGCUGAGCAGUGACAUGGGUAUGGUGGGCGACACCACGGGAGACACACUAGAGAAGUUUGUUGAAGGAUUGUAGCAUUUCACGACGUGAAGAAAUGCCUUGUUCUGCGUUCUCACUGAUAGCUUUUAUACUGACUGGUGUAAAAAAGUUUAAAAGAAAUACAAAGAAAUUAGUCAAAUGAGGCCCAUGGACUGUGAACGUUUCCCUUAAACCAAGGGACUGCUAUUUCCUCCAACACCUGGAGGGACUUAAAUAAUUGCUGUUUAAAGAGGAUUAUUAAGACACAAAGAAUAUAUUUUUUGGGUUCAGACCAGCCAUGAGAGUUUUGUCCUGGUCUUUUUGUUGUUUUUAUUUUGUUUUUCUUUCAUUAUGCUCUGGUAUGGACCUUUUUUUAUGAACCUUCUCAAAACAAAAAAAAUGUUUCAUUUUAUUAUUCAAAAUCGUUUUUUCUUUUUUUUUUUUUACCUUGUACCUUUGCAAAAAUGAAUAGCAUUUUUUGUGUUGAAAAGACUGUACAAUAAUUUGUCUGGUAACUUUUUGCCAGAUUUCGCCUCUCGCUCCCUCUCCAUUCCUGGCUAAUUUAUUCUAAUAUACCAUAUUUGAAAUGGACAUGCCUUUGGGAAAGAGUCCUUUCCUUUUUGCGGGGUCUAUGGGUGAUAAGGAUACAUGUAUAGAACUAGCAGCUUUCACACAACCCAAACAUACGUGCGGUGCCGGUCCACAAAGACCCGCACUCAAAGCUUGUCCGUUCACAGAUGCCGGAAUGUUACGUUUACUGGCUUGGAGGCAGCAUUUCGGUCUCGCAGAUGUUGAAAGAUGAAUUGCUUUUCUUUCUCCUUCAAUCUAAAGUAUUUCUCAUGAAGAAGUUCCCUGUGAGUGUUGGGAUUUUCCUGUUAGACUGCUGGUUUGUGUCUCGAGAGAGUUCUGUGCAUCCUAUUUCCUCUUGCAUUAAACUUGAAUCGAGGGUGAGCUGUUCUCUAAUGUAAAUCAUGCAGGUGGACAAUACUGUAAAUAUGCAGAAAAGAAAUGAAAGAAAUCACUGUACAAACUGGUUAAAUGACCCAUUUCGUACUUAUAUACCAUAUUGUUAAAUAAACUGUGUGAAACAGA